AUGAAAAACAUAGAUUCCAUCAAAGGUUGCAGAAUAGAUGAGAACCACUUCGACUUAGAAAAGUAUAGCACAUUUUAUUGCAAACAAGAUGUAAGAAUUUUAAGAGAAGGUUUUGUUAAGUUCCGCAAUGACAUAUUGAAAGAAUUUGAUUUAAACGUUUAUGACUACGUUAGUAUUUGUUCAAUUGCUAACAAAUUAUUUGAGAACAGAAUAUACUUCCCUAAUGGAAAUUUAUAUGACUUUUCAAAUAAACCAAGAGAAUUUAUUUCACGCUGUAUUCAAGGUGGAAGAUGUAUGCUGUCAGAUAACAUUAAACAAAAGAGCGAAAAGAAACUCAUUGCUGAUUUCGACGCUGUUUCAUUAUAUCCAUCAGCUAUAGCAAGACUUUAUACUUUAGAAGGUAUUCCAAAGGUUAUGAAGAAAGAAAUGUUAAGCACAGAGUAUCUCAUGAGACAUUUAUUCGAUGACGACCAAAAGGAACCCAUUGGUGAAAAGUUUAUGUCUGGCUUCUUUGUUCUCAUUAAGAUAACAGAGAUUGGAAUACAUAGACACUUUCCUUUAAUAGUUUGUGACCCUGAACUAAAUCCAGAACUUAACGUUCCCAGAAGUUCAAACACUUGCUGUUUAAUGUAUGUUGACCAUAUAACAUUACAAGACCUCAUAAAAUAUCAAGGUGUCAAAUGUGAAGUGUUGCAAGGAUACUAUUACGAUGGAAACAGAGAUAUUAGAAUAAGAGAUGAAGUAAAGAAGUUGUUUGAGUUAAGGUUAAAGUAUAAGAAAGAAGGAAAUCCUUUGCAAGAAAAUAUAAAGCUCAUUCUGAACAGUAUUUAUGGCAAAACUAUUCUAUCUCCUAUUGAGUCAAAAAUAACCAUAGUAAAUGACAAAGAUGCUAUAAGAUAUGCCAUCAGAAACUACAACCAUAUAGUGAAGUUCGAAGGUUUGGAUGGUUCAGAUAAAACUAUUUUCAAGCUAACGAAAAGCAUUUGCAGACACUUUAACUUCUGUCCACUUGGUGUUAACAUUCU